AUGAGGAAGUCGAAUGUUUGGAGGCAGUCCGUUUCCGGGUUGGGGCUCAGCGGGAAUGGUGGAGUCGGGUCAUUUUUCGGGUUGACCCCUCGCCCGUCGAAUUUGACCGGCACCGAGAUUUACAUCCUGAGCUCGUCGCGGAAUCCGACUCCCAGGGGUUGGAAUUUGAAUCCGGCGGAUUUCUAUUCGAUGAUGGGAGUCCAGGGGUUUGGGUCGGGGCAGGGUCAGAGGGUUUAG